AGAAGGUCUUCAUGGAAAUUCUAGAGUAGAAGGCAUGAUAGAGCUGUAUCUCCCAGGCACUGGAGUUUGAACAUUCUUCAUAUUGAAGUUGAUUUAUUUCCUAUUACUGUAUAACAGGUUAUAUUAAAAUUAAGUUUCUUAAAAUCUAUUUUAUGUCAUAGAUUCUGGGGUUAAGAAUGGCUUGGCUAACUGCCUCUGUUUUUAGGGUUUGUCGCAAAGCUGAAAUCAAGGUGCUGGCCAGGGUGACAGUGAUCUCAAGGCUUUCCUGGGGAAAGAUGUGCCACUAGAUUACUGAUAUGGCUGUUGGACCUGAAAGCUAUUGUUGUUGGCCAGUGGCAUCAUUUCUUUGCUGUGUGUGUCAUCCAAUUCACAACAUGGCAGUAGGCUUCCCUUAGUGAAAGGGGUGACAAGAUAAUGGCAGGUCUCUGUAACCUAAUCUUAGUAGACACAUCCAUCUCCUCUACUAUAACCUCUACAUUGUCACUGUCAUUAAAUCCAAUUUCACACUCAAGAGGAGUGCAUUACACAUGGGGUAUGAGUACAAAGAGUUGGUAAUUGUUAGGGUCAUAUUUGGGGGCUAUGUUUUUUCUUAUGAUUUAUUUCUUUGAGGGAGAGAAUGAAUAAAUCAAUCUUCAAUCUUCUAGUUUGCUCAUGAAAUGGCUACACUAGCCAAGGUUGGGAUAACUGAAAAUCUGGAGUGUAGCCCUCCAUGUGGAUUUCCCAUUUAAGUGCCAGGAGUGUUUCCAAUAAUUAUCUGCAAGAAUCGCCAUGACCCCAGCUUUGAGGGAGGCAACAGCAAAGGGUAUCUGCUUUUCAUCUUUGCCAAGCGCCAUGGAAUCUGACAAGAUGCUAUUCAUGGAAAGUCCAAGAACUGUAGAUGAAAAGCUAAAGGGAGACACUUUCUCCCAGAUGCUAGGAUUUCCCACUUCUGAAGCCACUGUUAAUACUAAUUUUGUAAAUUUCAAACAUUUUGGCUCCCCUCAGUCUUCAAAACAUUAUCAAACACUGAUUUUAAUGAGUUCUAAUUCUGCACUAAAUAAAUACAAUGAGAAUUACAACCAAAGGCCACCGGGGGAGCCCAAUUGCAGUAAGCUGAAAAACAUAUUGUGUAACGGCAGCAACAUUCAGUUAAGUAAAAUCUGUCGUUCUCACUCUGAAGAAUUCAUCAGAAAGGAACCUCUAUCAGACACCACAAGUCAGUGCAUGAAAGACAUUAUUUUGGACUCAAAUAAAACCAAAGAUGCUAAUGUAGAUAAAGUACAACUGCAAAACUGUAAAUGGUACCAAAAGAAUGCACUUUCGGAUAAGCUGAGUGAUAUUGACAUUAAAAAGGGUUUAUCGCCAUGUGCUCAAAAGAAAAAUGGACCUGACCACUCAGCUGUUCCCAUUAGUUCCACAGCUGCUGAAAAAGAGGAGGAAGUGAAUGCUCGGUUACUUCAUUGUGUAAGCAAACAGAAAAUUUUACUUAACCAGGCUAGAAGAACUCAGAAACAUUUACAGAUGCUCCUGGCAAAACAUGUUGUUAAGCACUAUGGUCAGCAAAUGCAAUUUUCAGUGAAACAUCAUUUCCCCAACAUGAAGAUCUUUCAUGAACCUACCGCAGUUAUGGAUAGUACUUUUCCUAAAUGCACUGACGUUAAGCCAGAAGUUAACAUAUGCACUCCAGAGAAUAAAUUGUGGAAUGAUACAAAACAUGGCUCUGCACAGUGUACAGCUGCAGAAAUCCAAAGAUUUGCGCUGUCUGCUACAGGGUUGUUGUCGCAUGUUGAAGAGGGACUGGAUUCUGAUGCUACUGAUAGCAGCUCUGAUGACGAUUUGGAUGAAUAUACCGUUAGAAAAAAUGUGGCAGUUCACUGUAGUCCUGAAUGGAAGUGGCUUGUGGACAGAGCAAGAGUUGGCAGCCGAUGGACUUGGCUUCAAGCUCAGAUUUCAGAGCUAGAAUACAAAAUCCAACAACUAACAGACAUUCACAGGCAAAUUCGCGCCUCCAAGGGGACAGUGAUUCUAGAAGAAUGUCAAGUUCCAAAAGACAAUUCGAAAAAACAAAUGCACUUUUUUGAUCAAGCAGCUUCACUGAGCACUGCAGGGACUCCUCAGAUGCUGCAGGAAAGUCAAGAUGCUUUACCAGAACAGGACUUUGAGAUGUCUCCGAGCAGUCCUACAUUACUUCUUCGAAACAUAGAAAAGCAGAGUGCGCAGUUGACUGAGAUCAUCAACAGUUUGAUCGCCCCUCUCAACCUGUCCCCCACUCCAUCACCCCUCUCCUCCAGAUCCUGUAGCCAUAAAUAUCUGGCUAAUGGCGUUUCCAAAAGUGCUUCAGAGAACUUAAAUGAGCUGUCUGCUUCCAGUAGCUGGUUACUUAACCGGAGGCACAGUAAGAAAAGGAGAAAGGACAGGACGAGAUUGAAAUCUCCGUCUUUGACUGUCAUGAAUACAGCAGCGCGAACGAGGCCACUUCAAAGUUUCCCCAAGCGGAAACUCUACAGAAUGAGCCCUGCUUCUUCCUGGACUCCACAGAAUGUGCAUUCAAAAGAAGCCACACUUUUAAAUUCUAUGCAGAUGUCUUCCUGUCUACAGUCAGCUUCAGCUUGGAGUACUUGUGAACAUACUUCAGAAUCUCAGAUGUUAAGAGAACACGUGUCCGAGUUAGAUCCUGCUUUCCAUUCUGUCCUAUCACUGCCAUCAGAUGUGCCUCUUCAUUUUCACUUUGAAACAUUAUUUAGAAACACUGAAAUAAAAGGAGAUCUUGAUGAAAAUAAGUUUGUAGGCGACUGUAUCAUAGCUCCGUCAGCUGUACAUAGUACUCUGCAUCAAUGGAGAAAUGGAUAUUCACCUACAUGUAAAUCUCAAAUAAGGUCGGACUCUUCUACACAGCUGUUACAGGGAAGAAAAAAAAGACAUUUGAGUGAAACAGCUUUAGGACAAGGAACUAGAUAUGAAGAAUUUGUUUUUCAACACACAGAACCAGGAUCUCACAACAAUCUUUCUGCUGUGUCUAAUGCCAACAUUACAUCAAGAACCCCAAAUUCAUCAUCUCAAAAUGCUGCCAGAAGGAGACUAAGAAGUGAAAGCUCUUACGACAUAGAUAACAUUGUGAUUCCCAUGUCAUUAGUAGCCCCAGCCAAGUUAGAGAAACUCCAAUACAAGGAAAUACUUACUCCAAGUUGGAGGAUGGUUGCUCUUCCACCUUUGGAUGAAUGUAAUUUAGGUGAAGAGAUAGAAGAUCUUUCUGAUGAAGUUUUCUCCCUGAGACACAAAAAAUAUGAAGAGAGAGAGCAAGCCAGGUGGUCACUCUGGGAACAAAGCAAGUGGCACAGAAGAAAUAGCAGAGCUUACAGUAAACACGCUGAAGGACAGGACUUGCUUUUGAAAGAGUACCCCGAUGACCUCAGUGGGGGCCAACCGUGUGCUGCAGAAGGUGCUCCCGACUUUCCUGCAGAGAAUCAUGAUCUAUGUGCACACAGCUCACCUUCUUUCAAAGAGAGCCAAGAAAUCAAGUCUCUGUGGUGGGACCGACGGGCUUUUCCACUGAAAGAUGAAGACACAGCAGCCUUAUUUUGCCAACACGAAAAAAAGGAUCAAACUGAACACUCAAGCGCAAUUUUGCACGGUGAAAUCUUCUAUGCCACUGCAGCAGAGAAUGGCCACCAUGCAAAAAGGCAGUCAGUUGGAAUGGAAGAGUACAAAACCUUUUGUCUAGGAAUCACUAAUGUUAAUAGGUGACACCGAACAGGUUAAGAAAACUAUGUGACUAAAAGGAAGACGGACAAAAACAAGGGCUUGUUCUACGACCCUUACCCACUCUGGUCACACACUGCAUAUAUUACUCUUAUGCUAUUUAUGAAACAGGCAAGAUAAGUCUCUCCAUCUUACACCACAGGGGUAACUACCUUCUCUUCUACAGACAAAUGCUAGUCAUUUGUGUUUGUCAUGCAAAUUAUAAGUAUCAGGAUAUUAACUGUUGCAAUUUGAUGUCAAAUAAAAAUUGAGUAGUUUUUAAGACUGUACACCCACAUACACAUGCACGCACAUACAUAUCCAUGUAUCAGAUGACUGCCUUUUUUUAUACACAUGGUAGUAAUUAAAACUGCCUUAGAAAUAUAUGUUUGAUACAUACACAUACAUACACACAUGCACUACACAUGUAAUUUUAAAAAACCUACUCUAUUUUCAAAUGUAUUAACUACCCUUAUAAAAUAUAAGCUGUAACAUACUCACAAAUAUAGUUUUCCACUGAUAAAAGACAUCUAAACACCU